CGGGCUCCGGGCGGUGACUGACGGCGGCGGCGGCUCUCGGCGAGCGCGGGCCCCGCGUGCGCACACGCACACGCCGCCGCGCAGGGACCCGCGGACACCGGCGCCGGCGGACACACGGACGCGGAGCCCCGGGCCCGGCGCGCGCUCCUCGGCGCACACGCUCCCCUUCCCCGGGCGGCGCGGGGCGCGGACUGUCGCCGCGCGCCCUCCCCGCGGAGUGUGCCCCGGGCCGGCCGGCAGCCUGCAGCCCCGCGGCGAGGCCCCGCUGCGAGCAGCCUGCAGACACCUUGGGGCUGACCAGUGGCUGCUCUGAGUGGGAGGCGAGCGGUGCUGGCCUGAGCCUCCUUCCAGGCUGAGAAGUGUCAUGGCCAGGAUCGUGCAGGCCUCCCUGGCUGCUCUCCUCCUGCUGCCUAUGGCCACCGCCAUGCACUCUAGCUGCAUCCUCAAGAAGGAGCAAGCGAUGUGCCUGGAGAAGAUCCAGAGGGCGAAUGACCUGUUGGGCUUGAACGACUCCUCCCCAGGCUGCCCCGGGAUGUGGGACAACAUCACGUGUUGGAAGCCCGCCCACGUGGGUGAGAUGGUCCUUGUUAGCUGCCCCGCCGAACUCUUCCGAAUCUUCAACCCGGACCAAGCCUGGGAGACAGAAACCAUUGGAGAGUUUGAUUUCACUGACAGUAACUCUUUGGAUCUCUCAGACAUGAGGGUGGUGAGCCGGAACUGCACGGAGGAUGGCUGGUCGGAGCCCUUCCCUCAUUAUUUUGAUGCUUGUGGGUUUGAUGAAUAUGAAUCUGAGACUGGGGACCAGGAUUAUUACUACCUGUCGGUGAAGGCCCUGUACACAGUUGGCUACAGCACAUCCCUCGUGACCCUCACCACUGCCAUGGUCAUCCUGUGUCGCUUCCGGAAGCUGCACUGCACCCGCAACUUCAUCCACAUGAACCUGUUCGUGUCGUUCAUGCUGAGGGCCAUCUCUGUCUUCAUCAAAGACUGGAUCCUCUAUGCGGAGCAGGACAGCAACCACUGCUUCGUCUCCACCGUGGAAUGCAAGGCCGUAAUGGUUUUCUUCCACUACUGCGUCGUGUCCAACUACUUCUGGCUGUUCAUUGAGGGCCUGUACCUCUUCACCCUGCUGGUGGAGACCUUCUUCCCCGAGAGGAGAUACUUCUACUGGUACACCAUUAUUGGCUGGGGAACCCCAACUGUGUGUGUGUCGGUGUGGGCUGUGCUCAGGCUCUAUUUCGAUGACACUGGCUGCUGGGACAUGAAUGACAACACAGCUCUGUGGUGGGUAAUCAAAGGCCCUGUGGUUGGCUCCAUAAUGGUUAACUUUGUGCUUUUCAUCGGCAUCAUCGUCAUCCUUGUGCAGAAGCUUCAGUCUCCAGACAUGGGAGGCAGUGAGUCCAGCAUCUACUUAACAAAUUUAAGCCUGAGAGUCCCCAAGAAAGCCCGAGAGGACCCCCUGCCUGUGCCCUCAGACCAGCAUUCACUCCCUUUCCUCAGCUGCGUGCAGAAAUGCUACUGCAAGCCACAGCGGGCUCAGCAGCACUCUUGCAAGAUGUCAGAACUGUCCACCAUUACUCUACGGCUGGCCCGGUCCACUCUGCUGCUCAUCCCGCUGUUUGGCAUCCACUAUACAGUAUUCGCCUUCUCCCCGGAGAACGUCAGCAAGAGGGAGAGACUCGUGUUUGAGCUGGGGCUGGGCUCCUUCCAGGGCUUUGUGGUGGCUGUGCUCUACUGUUUUCUGAAUGGAGAGGUGCAGGCGGAGAUCAAGCGCAAGUGGCGGAGCUGGAAGGUGAACCGCUACUUCACCAUGGACUUCAAGCACCGACACCCGUCCCUGGCCAGCAGCGGGGUGAAUGGCGGCACGCAGCUCUCCAUCCUGAGCAAGAGCAGCUCCCAGAUCCGCAUGUCCGGCCUCCCGGCCGACAACCUGGCCACCUGAGCCCACGUCCCCCCUCCUCUCCUCCAUACACAGGUUGGGGCUGCAGGUGGGCGUCGGCCCACACGUGCUGCGCCUUUUCUCUCCCUUCGGGCAGGCCCUGGGCUAGAAGCUGGGCUCCCCGAGGGGGGAGAAGGGUGCAGGGCGCUGGCCCCAUCCCCACCCACCAUGGGCCCUUGGGCUCUGACCCCACACAUGUAAAUACUCCUCAAAUUUGGAAAAGUCAUCCCAUCUCUACCCCUUCACCCAGUGUCCCUGUUCACCUGAUGCAGCUCCCCAGCUCCACCCCACCCCGUCUCCACCAGCCUCAGUGAUCGCCUGACCCUGUGUGUGAGGCCUUGUGAGCUGAGCUGAUGACCUUGCUUUGGAGGGCUUGGGGUGGGGCCUGCCUGACAGCCCCCCACAGUAUGUGACUCUCCAUGUGGACUCCUUGAAUCUGCUCACCACCCUGGGGCCCUUCUCAGGCCUGACCCAGUCCCUGAGGCCUGCCAGAGGUCCAGCCUGGAUGGCCAGUGUCCUUCAGCACAGGCCAGAUCUGAGGCUCCCUCAUGCUCACCCAACAUCUUGGUGUCCAGGUGCCCAGCUCCUGGGUAUCAGGGCAGUGGGGCAGCUCUAGGGCUCUUCCAAUCAGAGACUUCAGUUUGAGUGUGGGGCUAAGGGUCAGGGAAAGUUCUGGUGCUUUUCAUUUGGCCCAAGAAAAAUUACUGAGAGCCAGAAAUGUGGAUGUGCUUGGAAAGGAGAUGGGAAGAGUUUAGGGUGACUUAUGGAAGAAGACCUUCAUCAUCCACAUUAUUUUACCCCUGACUCAAGGUGGAUGGGGUUCAUCUGGGAGCUUCCCUUCUGCCCCUCCCACCCUCAGGCAUCAGCUGCAGAAGGUGAGAGAUGGAUGCUCCACAAAGACUGCUCCCCAACCAUGCCUACCACAUGGAGCCCCUAACCCUCCCCUCCCCAUCUCCCCUCAAGUCAAAGCCAUGACUAGGAU